AUGGUUGAUUGUGUUCAGACAAGUGCCACUAUAAAAGCCAAUUCUCAAGCUUUUUUUUACAAUUUAAAAAAAACAGAUUUUGCCCUAAAAAAUGGGACCAAAGGAUUUUUACUAGAAAAUGAUGGCUCCAUAUUGUGUCUAGAAACUACAGAUGUCGAUGUUACACGAGUUCUACUAGCUCAAGUAUUAAUAAACUUCAAAAAAGACUCAAUUUUAAGGGACAAUUUGAAUGAGAUAAUUUUUACUGAUUUUGGUAGUUUUAAUACAUUGUCGUUAGAAGAAAUUGAAGAUUUUCAGAAGAACUUUCCUGAUCUGUUUGUUUGCAUUUUGGAUAAUGAGGAGCAAUUAGGUAAACAACCCCGUACACUGGAAUCGUGGAUAAACAUUAUUAAAGCAAAUGGCAAAAAAAUCAUUUUUAUUGUGAAAAAUUCAAAACCUUUGGAAAAAAUUAUAAUGGAUUAUGAAAUGACAAAUAUUUUUAAAUUGAAAUUAGAUACAUUGUUGAAAGAGAAUGAGACACUGAUUCUAUCGAAAAAUGAAACUAUUUGUGAGGUUGAAAAUAAUUUAGCUAACAAUGAAAAUGAACUGACUUCAGCAAGAGCUUUGGAUGAGGACACGAAUGUUAAUAUAAAGGAAGAAGUAUCAAAUGGACUAAUGCCUUCACAUGGUGAAGCACCAAAUGAAGAUGCAGAUUUGAAGAAAUUAUUGCAAUCACUCGGUGUGAAAAAAUUGGAUGCUAUAGAUCCUCUUGAAGGCAAUACUCAAUUGCAUUUUGCUGCUCGUAAUGGAAGAACAGAAACUGUUAAAUCACUUUUAAUCCAUGGAGCAAUGAAGGACAUAAAAAAUAAUUGUGAUCAAACAGCUCUUCAUUUGGCAGUUGAAAAUGGUUAUAAUGCAAUUGUUCAUAUCUUGCUUGAGCAUGGAUUUAAUGUAAAUGCCGCUGACAAUAAACAACAGACUUCACUAAUUUAUGCCUGUAAUUGGCAUAGUGAUCCACAUUUAAUACGAAUUCUUUUAAAGUUUGGUGCAGAGAUGGAAAUAAAAGAUUUUGAUGGUCGAACAGCUCUUCAUUGGGCAUCUCUCAGAGGUCACACUGCAGUAGUAAAUUCUUUGCUGGAAAAUGGCGCCAAUGUAAAUGCUCAAAUCAAUGAUGGAGAGACACCCUUGCACUUAGCUACAUUAUGCAAUAGGCAACAAGUUGUUUUAACACUUCUACAACACGGCGCCCUUUAUUUAAGCAUUAAAAAUAAACAACAGGAAAGUGCACUUGAUAUAGCCAAAAAAUGGAAUAGAACUAAAAUACUUCAAAUAUUCAAAAGUUAUAAAUCAUGUAGGAAUUCAGUUUCAGCCAAAAGCCUCUAUGCAAGAUGGAUAGCAGAGCCCAAUCCAGACAAGAUUGAUAUUAAUUAUUCAAUUUUUAUUAGCACUCCUAAUCCUGAUGAAAAACCGAGUAAAAAACCCUAG